CAUGCUUUAGUUGCUUCUUUCUAUCGCACGGACAAUAACGUUGUUUGUCACUAUCAAAUUAAAAAAUGACCGAGAGUAAGAACGAUAAAGCGAAAGUGGAUUUGGGAUUGUUGGAGGAAGACGAUGAGUUCGAAGAAUUUCAUGCGGAAGAUUGGACUGCGGCGGACGAAGACAAUGAAGAUAUUAGUGUUUGGGAAGACAAUUGGGAUGAUGAUGAUGUAGAAGACGACUUUAAUCAACAAUUGAGAGCUCAGUUAGAGAAACAGAAAGUUAAAAGUGAACAAGGGAAGGAUAAUUAAAUAAAUUAUAAAUUAGAUGUUAUUAAUUGUAAGAAUAAACAUGUAUUAGACUACUAAGAACUUGCAUACAUUUAAAUCUCAUGUAUAUUGAUAACUUUUAUUAAUUGUGAAAUAUAAUGUUUUUGUCAUAAA